UGUUUUCUUGGGCUUGUUUAGAUUUUUUUGAGUGUGAUGUCUGAAUUCGGUUAAAGCUUUACUAAUUGUAGUGUUUCGCUGUUUGAUUAGUCGUUUGUUGUUCACUGAAUUUAGGUUUUCGGAAAAGAAAAUGAAUCUGUUUUGUGGGCGGAGCAAUUAUGUAAAUUGUGUUUCUUGGUUGAUGGUAAAUCUUUUGGUUGUUUAAUCAUAUCAGACAUCGAGGUUAAAGGGGAAAGUGAAGAAGAGUCUUCACUUGCUCCCUUGUAGGAAGGGCAUGUACUGCAAGUUAUGGUUUCAUUUGUCGUCGUCUAUAUAAUUUUAACGUUGGGAAAAGUAAAGGAAACUUGCCGUUACUUGGAAAUCGUUCAAUUUUAUCGAAAAACCUUAAUUUUUUGUUAUUGAGGUUUGUAUUUCUUACCAUUCAUUCAAGCUGUGCUAGGUGAUUGUACUGGAUGAAACACAACAAUCCACAACAAAGAAAAUAAAGAGAAAAGACAUCAAAGAAGUGGGGUGGGCUGAGGAUUCUUUUAUGAGACACUGCCGAUACCCGUAGCUGCCUAUGAAAGCAUCAACAUCAUGGAGGUGGCUGGCGAAGAAAUGGCGUUUCUUAUUUGACGGGGGAAUAUGCGGAACAAAGAUGAAACAGAUGCCGUUUAUGGGAUUUAUCUGUACAGUAAUGUUGUUCAUUAUCUAUAGGACCACAAAUUAUCAGUAUCAACAGACAGAGGUGGAGUCGAAAUUGCUUCCUUUCUACAAACCAAAGGCUUCAGUUGUUGCUACGUCGGGUUUGAAUAGUUUGCCUCGUGGUAUCAUCGAACCAAGGUCAGACCUGGAGUUAAGGCCUCUAUGGACGACAAGCAGUUCUAAGUCCAAGAUGAGAUCACGGAGCUCUAAUUACUUGCUAGCAAUGCCUGUUGGAAUUAAACAAAAGCAGAAUGUUGAUACUAUUGUCCGAAAGUUUCUUCCAGAGAAUUUUACUAUUAUUUUGUUCCACUAUGACGGAAACUUGGAUGGGUGGUGGGACCUGGAAUGGAGUAGGGAAGCUGUACAUAUAGUUGCUCACAACCAAACGAAAUGGUGGUUUGCAAAACGCUUUUUACAUCCGUCUGUCGUGUCUAUUUAUGAUUACAUAUUCCUGUGGGAUGAAGAUUUGGGUGUCCAGAAUUUCCACCCUGGAAGGUAUCUGGAAAUUGUAAAAUCAGAAGGACUUGAGAUAUCACAGCCAGCUUUGGACCCCAAUUCUACUGGUAUACAUCACAGGAUCACGAUAAGAAAGAGAACGAAAAUAUUCCAUAGAAGAGUUUAUGAUGCCAGAGGUAGUACAAAGUGUUCAGAUGAUAGUGAGGGGCCGCCAUGCACUGGGUUUGUGGAAGGAAUGGCUCCUGUAUUUUCAAGAUCAGCGUGGCAUUGUGCCUGGAAUUUGAUACAGAAUGAUCUUGUUCAUGGAUGGGGAAUGGACAUGAAACUCGGCUAUUGUGCACAGGGGGAUCGCACAAAAAAGGUGGGAGUAGUUGAUAGUGAAUACAUAGUUCAUCAGAGUAUACAAACUUUGGGUGGGCAAUCAGCAAGAAAGGUCUCGAAUCUUGAACAGACAGUCAAGAGUCACACUGUUGACGUGAGAUCAGAGAUUAGGAGGCAAUCAACAAUAGAACUUAAGAAAUUUAAGGAACGAUGGGAACGAGCUGUAAAGGAGGACAAGAAGUGGGUCGAUCCAUUUCCUUCAACCCGGAAGCGAAAGCUUAGGCGGGAGCGUAAAAGGCUAUACUCCGAGGUAUAGGCAGAUCGCUUGUGGUCCACAGUUGACGCGGGUUGUAAUCUCUCAGUCCAUCAGGCUGAAUGUAAAAUCUCAUGAUUAAUUUAUUUUUUAAGUUCCAUGUCAUUGUCAUUCUGGGAUGGUGUUGUGUGGGGUGCUGAGGCUAUUGGACAUCAGUGUUGAUGACUAUUGGAGUUUGUAAAUUUUAUGAAAUUUUGGUAGAAAUUUCGAUUUAUACAAAAAGCUGGAAAUCUUGAAUCAA